AUUAUUUUCCUCUCAGUAUCCAGUGGGCUCUGUAACGGAUAACUGGUGGGCACUGGUAAGUUCGCAGUGCAAGUUAACAUUCGAAUGUGAUACAUAAGAACAUAUAUAUACAUAUACAUACAUUUACAUAUUCAUCAAAGUUUUACCGUAUUAUUAUAUACAUACAUUUGCAUCUUUCCACGUCAAGGCUACUACAUCUUCAUUCUUAUAUUAUUACAUCUUACAUCUGAUAUUUUUUUAUCAUAUUACUGUUCAAGUCUUACGUGGAAUGAAUAUUUACAUACUGAUGUCUAGUUGAUGUACAUUACAAUAUUAUUAUCAUUACAGUAAUCUUUUAUGAGUAAAUAAGGUUAUUAAUUGUUAUCACGGAUUUCAUAAGUCAAGAAAAUAUAUAUAAAUCUAAGCACAUUUAUUGCCAUUUAUAAAUAUAUAUACAAAUAUCAUAAACGUUAAUUUGUCGUUUAGUUUUAUACUUGACCUCGCAAACUUAUAUUUAUUAUUAUUUUUAAAAUUACGGGCAUGCGAGGAUUUAAAAAAAAACGUCUUCAAGAUUACGUUCUUUGAUACUGAAAUUUAAAAAACAGCAGCAUAAAUGAGGACUCAGUUGCAUUUAAAUUAAAUUUAUAACAAGUAUUACUCAGUAAAUAAAAAUGGGUGAGAUACUUGGAUCCGCAAGUUUUUUGCAUCUUGGUGACAUUGUCAGUUUGUAUGCUGAAGGAACAGUAUCAGGAUUUCUGUCAACAUUGGGAUUAGUUGAUGAUCGGUGUGUCGUUUGUCCUGAGGCAGGAGAUUUAGUUAAUCCGCCAAAGAAAUUCCGAGAUUGCCUGUUUAAAAUAUGUCCUAUGAAUCGAUAUUCCGCUCAAAAGCAAUUCUGGAAAGCGGCAAAGCAAAAUGGAAGUUCUACAACGGAUGCUGUUUUAUUAAAAAGACUUCAUCAUGCCGCGGAAAUCGAAAAAAAACAAAAUGAUACUGAGAAUAAAAAACUAUUAGGCUCAGUUGUGUCUUAUGGCAACGUCGUCCAGCUACUUCACCUCAAAUCCAAUAAAUACCUGACUGUCAACAAACGGCUGCCAGCGCUUUUGGAAAAAAAUGCGAUGCGUGUUUACUUGGACGCUAAUGGGAACGAGGGCUCCUGGUUUUACAUAAUGCCGUUUUACAAAUUAAGAAGCGACGGUGACAGCGUUGUUGUAGGCGAUAAAGUCAUAAUGGAGCCUGUUAAUUCCGGGAGACAGGGUCUUCAUGUAGCAGCAAACUACGAGCUUAGUGAUAAUCCAGGUUGCAAGGAAGUCAAUGUCGUCAAUUCAUCUACCUCCUGGAAAGUCACGUUGUUUAUGGAGCACAAAGAAAAUCAGGAGGAGAUACUCAAAGGUGGCGAUGUCGUCAGGCUUUUUCACGCCGAGCAAGAGAAAUUCUUGACCAUGGAUGAGUACAAGAAAAAACAUCACGUUUUCCUGAGAACAACUGGAAGAACGAGUGCUACUGCAGCAACUAGUAGUAAAGCGCUCUGGGAAGUGGAGGUAAAACUCCUCGAAGAUGAUUAUUUUACUAGAAUUUUUACCCGGGCAAUUAUUCCAAAUAUAUUUUCUCAGGUCGUGCAACAUGAUCCUUGUAGAGGCGGAGCCGGUCAUUGGAAUUCUUUAUUUCGGUUUAAACAUCUUGCUACAGGUCAAUACUUGGCCGCUGAAAUUGAUAUUGAUGAGCCUUUGGAUACAUCUAAAAUUAAACGGGAUUUAUCUGGAGCGGCAUACAGACUAGUCUCCGUUCCCCAUAGCAAUGAAAUUAGUUCACUAUUUGAGCUGGACCCUACAACACUGACAAGAGCUGACAGUUUGGUACCGCAAUCCUCAUUUGUAAGAUUACAUCAUAUUUGCACAAAUACUUGGGUGCAUUCAACUAGUGUACCUAUCGACAAAGACGACGAAAAGCCAGUAAUGUCAAAGGUAGGAUGCGCUAUAAAUAAAGAGGACAAAGAGGCCUUCGCUUUAAGAUCAGUAUCUCCAGUAGAGGUUCGCGACCUUGAUUUUGCGAACGACGCUUGCAAAGUCCUUGCAUCAAUUAGCGGUAAAUUAGAACAGGGGACGAUAUCGCAUAAUGAAAGAAGAGCUGUCACGAGUUUACUCCAAGACAUUGUUUACUUUAUUGCCGGGUUGGAAAACGAACAGAAUAAAUCGGAAGCACUUGAUUUGAUUGUUACCAAUGCUGUGAGAGACAGACAGAAAUUAUUAAGAGAGCAAUAUAUACUCGGGCAAUUAUUUAAGAUACUCCAGGCUCCAUUCUUGGAGUCCAAUGAAGGCGAAGGUCCGUUUCUGCGGAUAGAGGAACUAAAUGACCCGCGGCAUGCGCCUUACAAAUAUAUAUUUCGUCUGUGCUAUCGGAUACUCCGAUUGUCACAGCAAGAUUAUCGAAAGAACCAGGAGUACAUCGCUAAGUUUUUCGCCUUCAUGCAAAAGCAAAUCGGGUAUGAUAUUUUAGCUGAGGACACAAUUACCGCACUAUUGCACAAUAACCGUAAGUUGCUGGAGAAACAUAUCACAGCUGCGGAAAUAGAGACGUUUGUUGGACUAGUAAGAAAAAAUAUGAAAAAUUGGGAGUCUAGAUUUCUCGAUUAUCUGUCUGAUUUAUGCAUAUCUAAUAAAAAAGCAAUUGCGGUAACACAGGAAUUAAUUUGCAAGAGUGUUCUUAGUGAUAAAAAUAAAGAUAUUUUAAUAGAUACUAAAAUGAUUAAAACCCAAGUGGAGGUUGAGGAGAAUAUUGACGAAGAGCAUGAAGAUGAAAAUGAAGAUGAACAACAGAAUGAGACGAGCGAAAUUACCCAGAUAACGAUAUUAGAAGAAUUUGAAAUAAUGCUUAUUUGGAAUAAUGGAAAACGCACAAUGUCACUUAGCGAACUUUCAAGGGGCGCUAAAAUAGGAAACCAUGAGCAUAUUGCAAUAUUGGAUUACUACAGACAUCAAUUAAAUUUAUUCAGCAAUAUGUGUCUGAACCGACAAUACCUGGCUUUAAAUAAUCUAUCGCCGCAUUUAGAUAUUGAUUUAAUUUUAAAGUGCAUGGAAGAUGAAACGGUACCUUAUGAACUACGUGCUUCCUUUUGUCGUCUCAUGCUGCAUUUGCAUGUUGAUCGAGACCCACAGGAACCCGUAACUCCCGUUAAAUAUGCCCGCCUGUGGUCGGAAAUUUCAUCUAAAAUCAGCAUCAAUGAUUACGACACAAAUAAAAUGCCAGAUGAAAAUAAAGAGGCUGUCAGAGCACGAUUCAGCUCGACGAUAUUGUUUGUGGAGGAUUAUUUGUGCAAUGUCGUCUCCAACGUUUGGUCUUUUGCUGAUCAUGAGCAGAAUAAGCUGACAUUUGAAGUCGUUAAAUUGGCGCGGGAUUUGAUAUACUUUGGGUUCUACAGUUUUAGUGAUUUAUUGAGAUUGACGAAGACUCUGCUCAAUAUACUCGAUUGUGUAUCCGAUAAAGAUUUCAUCGAUGGCAAAAUAUCGUCGGCUAGUGAAAGUGACACUGAAGGUGGUGUAUUGAAAUGUAUAGGAGACAUGGGAGCAGUAAUGACAAGUCUAGCUCUUGGACCGGCGGGUCAAUCGAUGUCCGGAAGCUCGUCACCCAGAUCAAGCCCCGCGGCAAAAAAAGAAUACCCGCUUGUGAUGGACACAAAGCUAAAAAUAAUUGAAAUAUUGCAGUUUAUUCUUGACGUACGGCUUGACUAUCGGAUAUCAUGUCUGCUGAGUAUUUUCAAAAAGGAGUUUGACGAGAAUGAAAAAAUGUCAAGCGAUGUAAAUUUAGAACAGAAGGGAAUUGAUUUGGAAGCUAUUGGUACGCAAGCAGAGGGAAUAUUUGGCAGCAGUGACGAAUGCUUGGCAUUAGACUUGGAUGGACAGGGGGGACGAACAUUCUUGAGAGUUCUGCUGCAUUUAGCGAUGCAUGAUUACCCUCCAUUAGUCUCUGGAGCCCUUCACUUGCUAUUCAGACAUUUCAGUCAAAGACAAGAAGUUCUUCAAGCAUUUAAACAAGUUCAGUUGUUGGUUUCUGACAACGAUGUUGAGUCUUAUAAGCAAAUUAAGGCUGAUUUAGAUGUUUUACGUCAGUCUGUUGAGAAAUCCGAGCUCUGGGUUUAUAAAUCAAAGUCAAUUGAAGAACACGGGGGUAAGAAAAAGAAGAAUAAUAAUAAAGAAGAUGAAGAUGAUGCCACGACACCGCGUAAAAUGCCACCGAAGCUGACUCACUUGGAUAAAAGAGGGUCGGCUAUUGAUCUGGACGUGGGGCCGCCUCUUCACGCAGAUCAAGCUGAAGAGUAUCGUAAAAUUCAGCAGAUAUUAAUAAGAAUGAAUAAACUAUGCAUCCAAACGUUUCCCGGGGGCAUUGUCAAGCCUCGCAAACAUGAGCAGCGGCUUUUACGCAACGUCGGUGUCCACACAAUAGUUUUAGAUCUUCUUCAAGUUCCUUAUGAUUGCAAAGAAGACACGCGUAUGAAUGAAUUGAUGCGAUUGGCGCAUGAAUUCUUACAAAAUUUCUGUCUCGGCAAUCAACAGAAUCAAGUUCUUCUUCACAAGCAUCUUGACUUAUUUUUAAAUCCCGGUAUACGGGAAGCUCAAACAGUCUGCAGUAUUUUUCAAGACAACUCGACGCUCUGCAAUGAAGUCAGUCCAAAAGUAAUCCAACACUUUGUUCACUGCAUUGAAACUCACGGGCGUCAUGUCCAGUAUUUAAAAUUUCUCCAAACAGUCGUGAAAGCUGAGAAUCAAUUUAUCCGAAAGUGCCAGGAGAUGGUGAUGCAGGAGCUCGUUCAAGCCGGAGAAGACGUUCUGGUGUUUUACAAUGACCGCGCUUCUUUCAACUAUUUUAUCGAAAUGAUGAGGUCCGAGAGAUAUCGCAUGGACGAAAGCAAUCCACUAAAAUAUCACGUCGAACUAGUAAAGCUACUUGCUUGCUGUACAAUGGGUAAAAAUGUAAACACGGAAAUAAAAUGCCACAGUCUUCUUCCACUUGAUGACAUCGUCGCGAUGGUGUCUCAUCCCGACUGUCUUCCCGAAGUCAAAGAAGCGUACAUUAAUUUUUUGAAUCACUGCUACAUCGAUACCGAGGUUGAGAUGAAAGAAAUUUACACAUCAAAUCACAUGUGGUCUCUAUUCGAGCGCUCAUUUAUAGUUGAUAUGGGAAUAGUAGGAACUGCAACCCAUGACAGAAAUCACGCGGACACAACACUAGAAAAUUACGUACUGAAUUGUCUGAUGAAUAUCAUCACGACUUUCUUCAGCAGUCCAUUUUCAGAUCAAAGUACCACCGUCCAGAAACAUCUGCACGAGGCGAGGCUCUUUUGGAAUCUCAAGGAGUGUGACCAUAAUAACGACAUUAAUCCAAUGGACUCUACGAGGCAGCCGAUUUUUGUGCAGUUACUGCACGCAGCAUUCAAAGUGUCUCAGUGCGCUUGGUUGAAUGCUGGUCAACGAUUCAACGUUGAAAAUUGUAUAAGAACUUUAUCAGAAGUUGCCAAAGGAAGAGGUAUCGCGAUACCAACUGACUUGGAGGGUCAGGUAGCGAACAUGUUCAACAAAGCAGCGAUGCUUAGCAGACAGACCACCAAGUGGCUGCAGGCUGUCAAGCAGCCUAAAGUAGAGCGCAGUCAAAGCCAGCUGAUGCGGUUGGAUCGGAGUAUAAUUGAAGGCCUUCAGGAUAUCGUAUCUCUCCUGGAAGAACAAUUGAAACCUUUAGUUCAAUCGGAGCUCUCGCUAUUAGUGGACAUUCUUUACCGCCCGGAAUUGCUGUUUCCGGCGGGUAGCGAAGCGAGAAAAAGAUGUGAAAGCGGCGGCUUUAUUCAAAGGUUGAUAAAGCAUACUGAAAAACUGCUUGAAGAAAAAGAAGAAAAACUUUGCGUCAAAGUGUUGCGAACUCUCAGAGAAAUGAUGGCGAUGGACCCGGAGUACGGUGAAAAGGGCGACGCGUUGAGAAGCAAUCUGCUGAUUCGCUAUUUCGGGAAAGCGUUUAUACAGAAGAUGGAAAAUGUCGACAUAAAUGCGUCGCUGACGUCCCCGAUAACCCACGGUCCAGGUGCCAAGAUAUUGAGCCGCGCCGGCCGCACACUCCACGAGGUCCAGAGUCACUUGGACCGCGAGGGAGCAUCUGAUCUUGUAGUUGAAUUAGUUAUAAAAAGUGUCCACUCACCUAGUAUAUUUGUCGAGGCUGUUGAAUUAGGAAUAGCUCUUCUGGAAGGCGGCAACCCCAUAAUUCAGAAGAGUAUUUAUAAUAAAUUAAUGGGGGACGAUUUAUCCCAGUCAUUCUUCAAAGUAUUUCAUGACAAGAUGAAAGACUCACAGCAGGAAAUAAAAUCAACUGUCAGCGUCAAUACAUCGGACAUGGCAGUAAAAGCACACGAGGAUAAAGAUCAGAAUAGAGAAGUUGAAAAAAUAUCAAAAAAACGCAUGUCAGGCAAAUCAAAUGGAAUAGUAAUCACUGAUGAAAUAAGAGAAGAGUUAAAUAAUGCGGGUGUCAGCACAGUUCAGGCUUACGCGAAUGUUCGUACGAUUGCUUCUGGAGACGACGUAUCAAAUAAUCUAGCUCUUGGUUUUUCACUGGAGGACAUGCUGGCUGAUAAGUUAGAACGUCAUAGGAGUGGGAUUAAUGUCAAUAAUGAACACGAGGAGGGUCUGCUCAAUGCCAAAGUAUUAGUAAUGCAGCCGAUAUUGAGAUUUCUUCAAUUGCUCUGUGAAAAUCACAAUCGCGAUCUGCAAAAUUUCCUACGUUACCAAAACAACAAAACGAAUUACAAUCUGGUAUCAGAGACCCUGAUGUUUCUGGAUUGUAUUUGUGGGUCAACAACUGGUGGACUUGGUUUGCUGGGUCUUUAUAUUAAUGAGCACAAUGUCGCGUUAAUUAAUCAAACUCUUGAAACUCUUACGGAAUAUUGCCAAGGUCCGUGUCACGAUAAUCAAAAUUGUAUAGCGACUCAUGAAUCAAAUGGUUUAGAUAUAAUAACUGCGUUAAUAUUAAAUGAUAUUAAUCCAUUAGGUAAAACGAGAAUGGAUUUAAUAUUAGAGCUUAAGAAUAAUGCUAGUAAAUUAUUACUCGCGAUAAUGGAGAGUCGGGGUGAUAGCGAAAAUGCUGAAAGAAUACUCUACAAUAUGAAUCCAAAGCAACUGGUGGAUGUUGCGUGUCGUGCUUUUCAUCAAGAUAUCCUGGACGAUGACAAUGAUCUUGACGACACGUCAAAUAGCGGUGACGAGGGUGUUGCUCCUAAAGAAGUAGGACACAAUAUUUAUAUUCUCUGUCACCAAUUAGCUCAACACAAUAAAGAAUUAGCAUCAAUGUUGCGUCCAUCUGAAUCCAUUAACGCUGAUGAAAAAAUAAACAAAGCACUUCAGUACUACGUAACUCAUACAGCGCAAAUUGAAAUUGUGAGACAUGACAGAACACUUGAACAAAUAGUAUUUCCAAUUCCAGAAAUAUGUGAAUUAAUAACAAACGAUACUAAAUUAAGAGUUCUACACACUGCCGAGAGAGAUGACCAGGGUUCGAAAGUAUCGGACUUUUUUGAACGAACCGAAGAUAUGUUCAAUGAAAUGAAGUGGCAAAAAAAACUACGUGGCCAGCCAAUGCUUUUCUGGAUGAGCAGCUACAUGUCACUGUGGAGUAACAUAUUGUUCAAUUGUGCGGUACUGAUAAAUCUUAUCGUCGCGUUCUUCUAUCCGUUUGUCGACGCAGUGCCCACACUUAUAAUUCCGCACUUGUCGAGUUUAAUUUGGGCGGCGAUGCUCGCGUCGGGGACUAUCGUGGUCACGUUACCGCGAGAGUCGGGGAUUAGAACUCUCGUUGCAUCGACAAUACUCAGAUUAAUAUUUUCCAUAGGUCCGGAGCCGACACUAUGGCUGCUGGGAUUUCUGACCAUAGUACUGAAGAUAGUCCACAUGAUCAGUAUCAUCGGCAAUCAAGGCACGUUAACUAAAAGUCCCGAGCAAAUAAUAACAGACGUCGAACUUUGGUACCACACAUCUUAUCUGUUCUUCUGCUUACUUGGAAUAUUCAUGCAUCCGUUUUUCUACUCAGUACUACUCUUUGACGUAGUUUACCGUGAAGAAACACUUUUAAAUGUGAUACGAUCAGUCACCAGAAACGGGAGAUCCAUUAUUUUAACAGCCGUACUCGCGUUGAUUCUCGUCUACAUGUUUUCGAUAAUAGGUUUCAUGUUUUUCAAGGACGAUUUCCUUGUAAGCGUAGACGAUGAGAUCGUAUCAGCUCGUACCACCGAGAGCAGCCCUAUCGAAGCAUGUGACGCAAAGGAAUUUGAAAAUUGUCAGUCUGGAGCCGAUGGCAUAUCGAGUUACGCUAAAAAAGAUAACGAUAAACAUAAACCCGCUGAAAUAGUUAACGUUGGUGGUGAAAUGAAAGAACGGGCAUGCGACUCGCUGGUCAUGUGUAUCGUAACAACAAUGAAUCAGGGAUUGAGAAAUGGCGGGGGAAUCGGUGAUAUAUUACGCGCUCCUUCCAGCACUGAGCCAUUAUUUGUGGCACGUGUUGUUUAUGAUCUGCUAUUCUUCUUCAUCGUUAUUAUUAUCGUGUUAAAUCUUAUUUUUGGUGUCAUCAUUGAUACCUUCGCGGAUCUCAGAUCAGAAAAGCAACAGAAAGAAUUAAUUCUGAAGAACACCUGCUUUAUUUGCGGUCUCAAUCGAUCUGCUUUUGAUAAUAAAACAGUUUCAUUUGAAGAGCACAUAAAACAUGAACACAAUAUGUGGCAUUAUUUGUACUUUAUUGUUCUUGUGAAGGUCAAAGAUCCCACAGAAUUUACGGGACCAGAAUCUUACGUCUAUGCCAUGGUCAAGGACCGUAAUCUUGAAUGGUUUCCGCGAUUGAGAGCAAAGUCACUUGCAGCCGAUGAAGGUGAAGGUGAACAAGUCGAACUACGUAGUUUACAAUCUCAGCUCGAGUCAACUCAGCAGCUUGUUAAAUGUCUGUCUCAGCAACUUACUGAGCUUCGUGAUCAGAUGACGGAACAACGUAAGCAAAAGCAGCGAUUAGGUCUUUUAAAUUCAGCAUCAGCGUACAUCCAUGGCGCCCCUCCUUAAACUAACAACAGUGCAAUCGCAUUCAUUUUAGAAUAUUUUUUAUUUACAAUCUUAUAGAAAUAAAUAUAUAUAUAUAUAUACAUAAAUGUAUUUAAAAUGAAUAUCCUGGAGAUAUUUUUUAUAGGAGCCGGUGCGCGCGUAAUAAUUCAAAACUAAUAAUAAUAAAUAAUUAACAAAGUAAAAAAUCUAGAUCAAUAUUACGCCUGCUGGCUAAUUAUUUAAUUAUCGUAUUUCAAUUGAAGUUUCAUAUCACCCGUAAUAAUUAUAGAUACCACAUAUGAAUAAUUAAUUACGCAUUCAGUGUACGUUGACGUUAAAUCUUAUCAUUAAUUAUAGUUACGUAUGAAAAAAAUGAAGUCAGUAAGCAGAUAAUAAUAAUGCAUUUUAUUUUUUAAAUAAAUCUAUAUAUUAGUUCUCUUCUAUUUCAUAAAGUAAAAAAAAAUCCUUUGGCAUUUAUACAGUACCUCUUAAUAAUUGCACAUUCUAAUAAGUAAUACAUUCUAUGCAAUAAUUUUAUUUAGUAUAAUAAUAAUUAAUUAAUUGAAGAAAAUAAAAUUAUUAAAAAAAUAUUUGAGUAAUUUUUAGAAUUAAUAAUUGAUAAUCAUAUCGGGAAAAUCAGUUGCCUACAUUGUUUUCGCUGAAUAAAUUAAAUGCCUACAGUAUUUUUUCGUAGAUUAUGAAUGUUUACUACACAAUUUCUUACUGUUGCCUACUAACAUUUUUUUUCUUCGGUUAUAUUGUCUACAUAAAUGUAAAAUGUCGCCCGGUCUGUAAUAAGAUACUGAGUUGAAUGUCAUAGUCGAUGGAGAAUGACCUGAUCAGGUCACUAAUUUCUAAUAGAAAACUCGGUCGUUUUCCAGUUACUAUCUCUAUCAGAGUUCCCAUAGAAUCUACUCAAAUGAAUACAAAUCCGCAUAGAAACCAAUACGUCUAUUGGAUCCCAUGUGGUUUUCGACUCAUUUGAGGAGAACCUAUGGGAGCUUUUGGAUAGGGAUUGUGAAGACUAUGAUUCUGACAUUUUCCAGAUCAACUGUUUUUUUGUUAUCAAGUGAUCGGUCUUGAACGUUGAUCAUUUCUCUUCAACGAGUACUUGAUUUUCUCAGCAAAUACUUCUUUGAUUUGGGUACACAGUCAAACAGUAAUCAAUUGAACAUCAUAAAUUAUUUUUAAGAAGGCAAUAAAACCGUGGGAAAAAAAAUUUAGUAGGCAACAUAGUAAGAAAUUGAGUAGUGAGCAUUUAUAAUCUGUGAAGAAAUAUUGCAGGCAUGUAAUACGUUCAGCAAAAAAAAUGCAGGCAAUUGAUGCCUUUUAUCAUAUCGUUAAAUAUUUAUAUAAAUUUUGUGCAUCGUACAAACAAGUUGUUAAAAAAUUUUUUGUCAAUUUUUUAUUGUUUUUAAAUAAUUAUCAACUAUUAACUUAUACACAAGUAAUGUAUAUUAGGAUAUAUUUAUAUAUUUUAUUAAUUCGAUUUAUUAUCAAUCGCCUGAAAGUCAAAAUAUUAAAUUGUUACAAAGUCGAAAAAUUGUGGUAAGCGAGGCUGUGAGAAUCCGUUGCAUUGUCAUUUAAGAAAAAAAAAAAAAACUUAUAUUUGUAUAACUUUGUUUCUCUUUUUUUAAAUCAGUUUAUAUUUUUUUUAUUCAUUAAUUCUAAAUUAUGAAUCUCGUGCCAAAUAUUUCUGUAACUAAUUAGUAAUUCCUUUUUUUUUAUUAAUCAUAAUUGCGGUACUUGA